AUGUCAACUCCAAUUUCUAGUCUAAACAGUUUAUUUUCAUUCACAUCUCCUGCUGUAAAAAGACUUCUUGGUUGGAAACAAGGAGACGAAGAGGAAAAAUGGGCUGAAAAAGCGGUUGAUUCACUUGUAAAAAAACUUAAAAAGAAAAAGGGUGCACUUGAAGCUCUAGAGCGAGCUUUGACUAAAGAAAAUGAGGUUUGUAUUAACCCUUAUCAUUAUCAGCGAGUUGAAAGUCCAGUUUUGCCUCCAGUCCUUGUUCCUCGGCAUAGUGAAUACCCUAGUCUUAGCACUGUAACUCCAUCACCGGGUUUAUCACACUGUGGAAGCAGUGGAAUAUCUAGUUCCCGUUCAGCAUCUAAUCUGGGAAUGUUCCCGAUGACAGACUCAGCAAUGCCUUACAAUGUAAAUUAUCCACACAACUUCAGUCAUUCUCCGUCUCUUCCUCCCGGAAAUAGUGGAACUUCUACAGACAGUGCAGUUGCUGGACCUAUCCAUUCACUUAAUAGUUCGAAUCUUCAAUCCGGUUACCAAACUCAACCCAAUCAAGAACCGGCUACCUCUGGACAAACUAUGCAUCCAGUCAAUUAUCAAGAACCGAAAUACUGGUGUUCGAUUGUUUAUUAUGAACUAAAUAAUCGUGUCGGUGAAGCAUUUAACGCUUCACAAUUAAGCAUAAUCAUUGAUGGCUUUACAGACCCAUCAAAUAAUUCAGAUCGUUUUUGUCUUGGUCUUUUGUCGAACGUAAACCGAAAUUCUACAAUCGAGAAUACAAGACGUCAUAUUGGAAAAGGCGUUCAUCUUUAUUAUGUUGGUGGUGAAGUUUACGCUGAAUGUUUAUCAGAUAGUAGUAUAUUUGUACAAUCGCGUAAUUGUAAUUAUCAUCAUAAUUUUCAUCCAACUACAGUGUGUAAAAUUCCACCUGGUUGUUCAUUGAAAAUAUUCUCAAAUCAAGAAUUUGCUCAUCUACUCAGUCGUACAGUACAUCAUGGUUUUGAAGCUGUUUAUGAAUUAACUAAAAUGUGUACAAUACGUAUGAGUUUUGUAAAAGGUUGGGGUGCUGAAUAUCAUCGACAAGAUGUUACAUCUACUCCAUGUUGGGUUGAAAUCCAUUUGAAUGGUCCAUUGCAAUGGCUCGAUCGUGUACUUACACAAAUGGGUACACCAAGAAAUCCGAUUUCAUCGGUUUCAUAA